AUGACACAACAUCAUACAUCACCCUUCUUCAUUCCAAAGACCAGGGGAGGGACCUACAAAGUCCUUCCCUUCCCCAAGAAGAGAGAAUAUUUAGGAAGGAGGAAGGAAAGAACCCAAAGAACUUUUUCGCUCUCUCUCCCUCUCUCUCUAACUCUAUAUUUGAAUGAGGAUGAAGUCACAGGAGGGAAAGGGGCUGCUUCCUCAGUAAGUUGUCGAAGUGAAAUGAUGUCGGCAGAAGCUACGGAACCAGUUGACAUGGAGAUGGACGGAACCCAACUAUCUGCUGAUCCUCUCCCAUUCGCCAGAAGUUACCAGCUAGAAGCAUUAGAGGCAGCAAUUAAGCAGAACACAAUAGUGUUCUUGGAGACCGGCUCUGGAAAGACUCUGAUUGCCAUCAUGCUUCUCCGGAGCUAUGCAUAUAAGCUUCGCAAGCCUUCUCCAUUUGUUGCCGUCUUCUUGGUUCCUCAAGUUGUCUUGGUCAAACAACAAGCUGAGGCUGUGAAAAUGCACACUGACUUGAAAGUGGGAAUGUAUUGGGGAGACAUGGGAGUUGACUUCUGGGAAGCUGAUAUGUGGAAGCAACAAAUAGAAAAAUAUGAGGUGCUCGUGAUGACUCCUGCAAUACUGCUUAGUAAUUUGAGGCAUAGCUUCUUCAAACUAAGCAUGAUAAAGGUUUUGAUUCUUGAUGAAUGCCAUCAUGCGAGGGGUAACCACCCGUAUGCUUGCAUAAUGAAGGACUUCUUUCAUCGUCAACUACAUUCUGAUGCAGCUGAACUUCCAAGAAUAUUUGGAAUGACUGCUUCCCCCAUAAAGUCAAAAGGUGGAAAGUCAGAGUCAUUCUAUUGGAAAAUAAUUGAUGAACUUGAGGCCCUGAUGAAUUCAAAGGUGUAUACAUGUGUUAGUGAAUCUGUGCUUGCUGAGUUUAUACCACAUUCGACUCCAAAGUUUAAAUAUUACAGGCACAAGGAGAUUCCAUAUGCCUUGUAUGCACAUAUAACAAACCAGUUGAAGAAUUUGAAAGAAAAGCAUGAACUGUCGCUAAAAAGUUUGGAUCUCAGUCAAUCUACAUCGGAAUCCAUAAGCAGAAAGAUGAUGAAGUUUUUUUCAGCUUUAACAUUUUGUUUGGAUGAACUUGGUGUUUGGCUGGCUUCAAAGGCUGCUUGGUCCUUUUCACACAAAGAAACUGACUUGUUUUCAUGGGAGAAACUGGAUGUGUUGGGUGAUCAAAUUGUUAGAAAUUUUAGCUUCGAAGCCUACCAAGCAUUUGCAUCUUUUCUACCAUCUGGUAUAUCCAAGUGGACUAUUGCUGAUGAUGUUACAUACGAUUUGGAUAAGGGGUUUCUAACUUCCAAAGUUGUCUGUCUCAUCCAAUUGCUUCUCGAAUACAGGGGAUUGAAGGAUUUGAGAUGUAUAAUAUUUGUGGAGAGGGUCAUAACAGCUGUCGUCAUUGAAUCUCUAUUGAGUAACUUUCUUCCUAAACACAAUGACUGGAAGACAAAGUAUAUUGCGGGAAAUAACAGUGGGAUGCAAUCCCAAACCAGAAAAAAGCAGAACGAGAUUGUUGAAGAAUUUCGUAAUGGCAUGGUAAACAUCAUUGUUGCAACAUCGAUUCUUGAAGAAGGUUUAGAUGUUCAAAGCUGCAAUUUGGUGAUUAGAUUUGAUCCUUCUUCCACUGUUUGUAGUUUCAUACAGUCUAGAGGUCGUGCAAGGAUGCAAAACUCUGAUUAUGUAUUAAUGAUGAAAAGUGGCGAUCGGAAUACACAUUCUCGACUACAAAAUUAUCUUGCAAGCGGAGAUAUAAUGAGAAAAGAGUCCUUACUCCAUUCUUCUCUUCCCUGCACAUCUCUGGAAAUUGAUUUGCAGGAUGAUGACUUUUAUCGUGUUGAAAGUACUGGAGCAAGCUUGACCCUUGGUUCCUCUAUUCAGUUGAUGUACUUCUAUUGCUCACGGCUCCCUUCUGAUGGAUAUUUUAAACCUGCUCCAAGGUGGGAUAAGGAGACCUGCACUCUGCAUCUUCCCAAGAGUUGUCCAAUACCUGAUGUUCAUGUAGAAGGAAAUGUUAAAAUUCUGAAGCAGAUUGCAUGCUUUGAAGCUUGUAAGCAACUUCACCAAAUUGGCGCUUUAACAGAUAAUCUUGUUCCCGAUAUUGUUGAGGAAGAAGGCACACAGGAGCUUGGGUGUGAGCCUUAUGAUGAUGUACAAUCCAGUUAUGUCCCAGUCGAACUGGUCAAGCCUUUUUGCUCAAAUGAUGCUAGUAUGUUGUAUCAUUGUUACUUAAUUGAGUUGAAUCAGAAUUUUGGAUAUGAUAUUCCAGUUCAUGAUAUUGUACUUGGUAUGAGGAGUGAGCUUGAUUGCGAUAUUGCAAAUAUGCAUUUUGACUUAGAAGUUGGCAGGGGUACUUUAACUAUGAACUUUAAAUAUGUUGGAGAGAUUCAUCUUAGUUCAGAGCAGGUACUCCUUUGCAGAAAGUUCCAAAUCACAAUUUUCCGAAUUCUAAUGGAUCACAAUUUGAAUAAGUUGGAAGAAGUUUUAGAUGGACUUUGUUUGGGAGGAAAUAUUCGGGUUGAUUAUCUUUUGCUCCCAGGGACCAAAGUACCUCAGAGACCUCUGAUAAUUGAUUGGAAAUGCAUUACAUCUGUUUUGUUUCCAUGUGAAGAAUAUUCUAGGGAUCAUGUAGAUUGUUCUCUACCGAAUUGGAUAUAUACCAAAAGCGGCGUCGUUUGUACUUGCAUGAUCCAGAAUUCCUUGGUCUGUACUCCUCAUAAUGGUACCUUAUAUUGCAUCACUGGUUUGUUGGGCGAGUUGAAUGGAAACUCACUUCUUAGUCUUAGGGAUGGCAGAGCCCUUACCUACAAGAAGUACUAUGAAGAACGGCAUAGGAUUAACUUGUGUUUUGAUCAACAGUUGUUGCUGAAAGGGAUACAUGUUUUCCAGGUACAAAAUUAUCUUCAGAGGUGCAGACAACAGACAGAAAAAGGCUUUACUUCUGCUGUCAACUUGAAAAAAAUUGUUUUGGAUAAUUGCACACAAAAUGUUAUUAUUCCAACGACUAAGGUCUUGGAAGCUAUUACAACAAAAAAGUGCCAAGAGAAGUUCCAUUUGGAAUCCCUAGAGGCUCUUGGAGAUUCAUUUCUAAAAUAUGCUGCUAGCCAUCAGCUCUUUAAAACCUAUCAAACUAAUCAUGAAGGCCUUCUCAGUGUAAAGAAGGACAAGAUAGUUUCUAAUGCUGCCCUUUGCAAGCUUGGAUGUGAACGCAAACUUCCGGGCUUUAUACGUAACGAGUCUUUUGAUCCAAAAAGUGGAUUAUACCAGGAGAUUAUUCUGAAAGUCAUUACUAACUGA